CUUCAUUUGGGUUCCAUGCUGCUCUCUAGAUCGGAUCAGUUGACUGGCUCUGUACUUCUCCAUCAAACAUGGCCCGGCUUGUUGUAUUUUGCCUUGGGUUUACUGUUGUGUCUCAGUGUUUCCUCUUCAUUCAAUGCACUGACAAAAUCUUUAUAACGGACCUGCCCGAUAGCAAGAUCUUUGUGGGCGAGAACAGUGGCUUCGACUUCCACGGCGAGGACAUCCGCGAAAUCCCACUGAGCGGGGUUGAAGCUCCUACAGGUAUUGACUACGAUUACCGGACCGACAAGAUUUACUGGAGUGAUGAGGAUGCGAGGACAAUCAACCGAGCUUCACUUGAUGGUUCGAACCAGGAAAUCUUGAUUGAAGGCAUUGGAUACCCGCAAGGAAUAGUCCUAGAUUUAAUGGCGAACAGGAUGUUUUGGACUGAUACUCUGUUGGAACAAAUAGUGAGUGCUAGCGUACUCGGGUCUAACCGACGAACCAUUAUCAGUACGGGUCUUUAUCGCCCAUGGGCAAUCACAUUGUCUCAAAAAAGAGGGAAAUUGUACUGGACUGACGAAGGUAUAUCAACUGGAAAGAUUGAGAUGUCAAAUAAAGACGGAUCGGACAGAAGAGAGUUGAUUACAACACGCUUGAGAGAACCUAGGGGCCUGGCGCUUGAUUCCCAAGAACAGCGCAUUUACUGGACGGAGAGCUACUAUGAUGUGAUCGAGUCGAUUGAUCUUGAUGAUCUAUCUGAUCGGAGAGAUCACGUUUACGCUGAGAGUGGUAAUUUAGUGGUCUUUGGCAUCUCUCUCUAUUUCACCUCCAUCUACUUCACAGACUUCGCAUCUAGAGGUCUCCAUGAGGCAGACCUUGGAGUUGAGGAAAUCAGGGAUAUUACUGGAUUUUCAGCAGGAGCGCCUACCCAUGUCAAGAUUUAUGCCGACUUAACGUGCCCAGUUAACGAGUCUUGCCCCGGUAACAGUCGAUGUCAGCUCGUUGCGUAUAACACUCCCGAGUGCAUUUGUAUAGCGGGUUGGAAAGGCGUGAACUGCCUUACACGAGUCACAUGUACUCUCCCAAACCCCCCGCUGAUGGCGUCUUUCGUCAACCCCAGCGAUAGCUACACGGCUAGUACCACUGUGACCGUUACGUGUGACAAUGGCAAUGACCAAGCUGAGUGGAUUUGUAACGCGUUUACAGGAAACUGGGACGAAGAGCCAAUUGACUGCUCCGAUCAGUCUUCAGAUCAACCUAUAGCAAUAUACGCAGGAAUCGGCGGUGGAGUAUCGCUCUUAGUGCUGCUGUUGUGUAUGUGUGCAUGUGUCUACUGGACGAAACGCAAACCACAAAGACCUUCUGUCGCCACCCCCGUUCGGUCUGCCGCCCUAUCUAUGACUGCUGUUUACACUGCAGGAGCCCAGCCUGGCGUAGUCACAAUGCCUGCUCAGGCAGGUGCUAUGCCGGGCAAUCAUGCCACCAGCUCUGUAAACCAGACAGUCCCCUACUAUCCUGCUCAAGCAGUUGCUAUGCCGGGCAAUCAUGCCACCAGCUCUGUUAACCAGACAGUCCCCUACCAUCCUGGUCAGGCAGGUGAUAUGCCGGGCAAUGGUGAUAAGAAGCAACUCGAGUCUGAAUACGAGACUUCCUUGGACGCGAUGAAUGGACCUUCUGGUGCGGCAGCAUAUCCAGGGCAACCUGGAGCGCCUCCCCCUUACUUCACAAACCCUCAAAACUGAAUACAUACAUAUAAUGAUAAAUAAA